UCGGUCUGAAAUUGUCGGCAUUGGUUUCUUUGUAUCGCACAUAACCUAAGAAAACUACAAGUUAUUUUAAAAGUAGUUUUGCACAUUUUCGUUAACUUAAUUAUUCGUCCCAACACAGAGAAUAAGAAAUUUAAUAAAUAUUAUCAUAGCUAGUUGCAAUGUGAAGCUGAGAAAGUUGGCUGUGGAUAAAAUCGAAUCGUCUUUCGUAUGCCGGUCGUGAAUAUUAACGAACGAAAUGAGGUUCAAACCGUGCUUGUAACAGUAAUAAAUUCGUAUAACGCAGAGGGCAGUGCUGCUUGUUCAGAAUCGUCAGACUAUAAUAAAAUAAAAAAGAAUGUUCGUCGAACGGUGACGUGAAGGGUGCGAGCGGAGCCAGAAUGCCGCUCGACAGACUUGGCGGGGAGGAGUCCAGGGAGGCGGCAGCCAUGGCGAACACCCCACACUCCCUCCUCAGCGUGCUGCACUUCACCUCGCAGAUCCUCUUCCCCAAGUACCCCCACGCCUUGUUCCCUCUCCUGUUCGUCCUGCGCCUGCACCGGCUGAAGAGACGCGCCGAGGUAGUUCUGGAGAGCGUGCCCCGGGAGCUGUUCCGAGCCCUGGUGCCUGGACUGCUCCAGGGGGACGAGGAGUCGUGCGUCCUGAUUGGCCACGGCUUGCUGAACAAGCUGAAGGUGUCCGGGGAGCAGUGGCUGCAGCUCACGCGGCCUCCCCACGGCGUCGCGACCCUGGUACGCGCUGUGCCGGUGGCGGGACUCCCGCAUUCCGUCGCGCUCGCCACGGAGGAUCUCUGCCACAACGUGUGCUGCAGGCUCGCCGUGCCGACCGCCGAGACCGUCUUGGUGGCAGACUCUGCCGCGUUCCUGGGCCAGUUUGCCUCGAAGGCGGUGCUGGGGCUGAUACGUCCCACACGCAGCCUGGAGAACGGUCUGAUAGACUCCUCCCUGGAGCUGUUCUUCAAGAGCCCCCGCUACCUGUGUCCAGGGGAUGUCUUCUCGGUCCCAGUCGAGAAGUACGCGUCGGGGUACUGCGGCGUCGACGCGCUGCACUUCAAGGUGGUCGAGCUCGACGGCCCAAACUAUUCAGAGGUGUCGGCGGGCGGGGACGUCACGGUCGUGGUGGGCUACUACGUACUCAAAGGCCAGACGGCCAUAGUGCAAGCCAGCGACCAGAACGAGUUCCUGCCGGCGAGGACAGGUGUGUUUGCGCCGGGGCCCUCGCCGGUGUCCGGGGAGAACUACCGGGGCUCCGUCCUGCCCGCCUGCCCCCCGGGGCCGGACAGUGCCCAGGCGGAACUGGCGUCCCUGCUGCGGCCGUUCUUGGCUGGGGGGCGGCGGGGGGCUUGGCGCGCCCGGCCGGUGUUCCUGGUGCGCGGGGCGCGCGGCUCGGGGAAGAGGACGGCCGUGCGGGCGGCCGCACGCGCCGCGGGACUGCGCGUGUGGGAGGCGGACUGCCUGGAGCUGCUCGGGGGCUCCCCGGGCCAGGCCGAGGGCAGGCUCAAGUUCGUGUUCGCCAGGGCGAGGCAGUACGCCCCGUGCAUCGUCCUGCUCGGGAACAUACACGUUCUGUUCCGCGACAAAGACGGCCAAGAGGACCCCCGGGUGGUGGCUUGCUUCAGCGACGAGCUGGCCCGGCUGUGCAGCGAAGACGACGGCAGCGGUGGUCGGCCGGCAACGAAGUUCGUGUCCGUCAUCGCCACCAGCGACGUACGCGAUGAUUCUGUGCCGGGCGUGCCCGCGCCCGUGGCCAGACUGUUCCUCGGCGCUGUGGACCUGGGCGCCCCCGACGCGGCGACGCGCGCGGCCGCGCUGGGCUGGCUGUGCCGUGCAUGCGGCGCAGGCCUGGGCGACGGCCUGCCCCUGGGCCGGGUGGCCGCGCAGUGCCCGGGCUUCCUGCUCGCGGACCUCGCCGCGCUCGUCACGCGCGCCGUCAGGAACAGGGCGCUCCGGACCGACAGGGGAGACUCCGUCGUGUUGCGCUCGGAGGACUUCCAGUCUGCUCUGGACGGCAUGCUCGCGGCGUACUCUGACGCCAUCGGGGCACCGCGCAUCCCGGCGGUGCGGUGGGAGGACAUCGGGGGCGCGUCGGCGCUCAAGGAGCAGAUACUGCAGACCAUCACCGCGCCCUUGCGCCACCCCGGGAUCGCAGCGUCCGGCCUGAAGCGCUCGGGCAUCCUGCUGUUUGGGCCGCCCGGCACGGGCAAGACGCUGCUGGCGAAGGCGGUGGCCACCGAGUGCAGCCUCAACUUCCUGUCGGUGAAGGGCCCGGAGCUGCUCAACAUGUACGUGGGCCAGAGCGAGCAGAACGUCAGGGAAGUGUUCGAGCGUGCGAGGACAGCUUCCCCGUGUGUGGUUUUCUUCGACGAGCUAGAUUCGCUGGCCCCGAACCGCGGCCGGAGCGGGGACUCGGGCGGCGUGAUGGACAGGGUGGUGUCGCAGCUCCUCGCGGAGAUGGACGGCCUUCAGCGGUCGUCCCACCUGUUCGUCGUCGCCACCACCAACCGCCCUGACCUGAUCGACCCGGCUCUGCUGCGGCCCGGGAGGUUCGACAAGUUGCUGUACGUAGGCGCGAGUGAAGAGGCUGCAACACACCUCAGUAUUUUACGAGCGCAGACAAGAAAGUUCGCCUUGGACAAGGACGUGGACCUGGGGCAGGUAGCGGAGAUGCUGCCGCGCCACCUGACGGGUGCCGACAUAUACUCCGUCUGCUCCAACGCCUGGCUGAGCGCCGUCGGCAGGCGGAUAGCAGCCUCGCAGUCGGGCUCGCCGGAUGAGAUGUCGCCAGUCGUCGUGGCGAGCCUGGACUUCGCAGCCGCCGCGAGAAGCCUCGUGCCGUCCGUGACACCGGAAGACCUGGCCUACUUCCAGGAACUGCGUCGCCAGGUAGCUUCCGGCUAGUCCCUCUCGCUGCGGCCUCGCUCGGCUGUUGCGGUUUGGAGCAACACCUUUCAAGCUUCACAGCUAUUUGUCUGCACAUAUCUUCGUUCUUGUAAGACCUUAAAGUUGGUUUUGGCAGACAUACAGACUAAAAAUUCUUUAGCAUUUCUACCUUGAUUAAAUGACUGAUAAGUUUUCAUAUUGCACGUCUUGAGCAACCAACUUCUGGUACUUCAGCCUCACAGAGCUUGUAGUUGUGUUACAGGCCCAGACAGAUACUGAUUACUUUCUUGAUCUACCUAGUUCCAAAACCAAUAUUUUGCAGAGACUUGAUGUAAUAAGAUCUGCUAUUAGAGAUUAUUUUCCUUUAACACUAGUACUAGAGAAAGCCAUAAGGAGAUAGAACUGGUGUUUAUUAUGCUUGGCCAGUAUAAAUAAAAAUUUGUGUUUCAAAUUCCAAUAGAAUUUACAAACUAAAAUAAUAAAUCUUGGUAAUCAUGUGUGCUGGACUACUUAGAUAACAAAGCAGUAUUGCAAUUUCAAUAUAUGAUUCAUAGAAUGUGUUGAAUGCUUUAUAUUACAGUAGAAUCCUGCUGAUGCAACCCCUCACGGUUCCCGGAAAAACUGACUUAUAAAAGGAAUGGUCCCAACAGAGAAUUCUGGCCAAUUUUACCCCCCCCCCCCCCCCCCCCCCCCCCCCUCAAUAUAUCCAAAUACAUAAAAAAAUUGCCUUUGUUCGCAUAGAUUUCAUAUUCAAAUACUAGUCUAUGGUGUAAAAAAAAAAAAAAAACUUUUUAUAUUCAUAUUAUAGUAUUUAAAUAGCAUGAUGUCUCCCGAAAAAAUGAUACCCUAGAAAGCAAUAUUGGAGCUCCCAUUGGAUGUAAUUUGGCCUCGCUGGUUCGUACGUACAACUCCGUCGUAAGGACAAAUUUUGGAGAACCGUGAGUGUACGUAGAAUCGAGGUUUCACUGUAUACCUACACUUUAUGCUAGUCAUGGUAACAUCCAACCCUCAAAACUUUCUUAGAAGAGAGAGUUAAUUCUCAUUUAAAAAAAAAAAAACUUGUAAUGUUUUGAAUUAUUAUCACAGCAUGAAAUAAGUAAAAGUAACUAGACAAUUUAUUAUAAUUCUUUAAGUAGUUAUGACAUGUAUAAGCAUUGGUUGUAUGAAAAUUGCUAUCUUUUAAGUCAAUAAAUUGUGCAUAUAUAAUAUAUAUAUAACUUAGUGCAAAGUAUACAGUGUAUAUCAUGUAAAAUAAUAACACUGAGGGAUAUUAUUUGAUAUUUAAAUGAUGUGCCUUGCUCAUUUUUUUUGUCAGUACCUUUAACAGGCUGACCUUGUAAAUCUGUUCUAAUAGUUUUUCUGUAUUUGCUUUCAGGUCACAAAUUCCCUCACCAGAGAUUAUUAAAUUCAAUUUAACUAAAAUGACACUUAGCAAAUCAUGAACUAUUUGUGAUGUUUAUAGAGCCAUUAAGCAAAACUUAGUAUACAUCUGUUGAGAAAAUUUGAGAUAAAAAAUGCAAGAGAGCCUUUAGAAUGAACUUACAGGGUCAGCCAUCAAAUAGGAAGUAAAGCAUGUAUUACAACUCAUGUGAUGUGAAUGUCCCAAACUUGAUGAAUGAUUUGUAAUAAACACUGAUGAGGUGGAAAACUGUUUGAUGAAUGAAUAAAAAGGUUUUAAAUGACA